UCAGCGGCUCUGUCAAGUUGAGCCGUGAUGCGUCAACCCGGUGAAUCACCACCAUUUACUGAAGAGGAGGAGGCGGAUAACGAAAGAAGAAGAAGGAGAAGAAGAGACAGGGAUGUGAAGGAGGGGAGGAAAUAAGUGGAAAGGGUAGAAAAAGAGGAGGAGGAGGUACAAAAAGGCUCCGCCGUCAUUCUGUCUGUCGCACAGACCACACGCACCAUAGUCAGCGGAUCGUUAAUAUUUCAACUGAAUGUAACAAAUAUUUCACUUUAAAUGACUGGAUCGGCAUCACCUGUGUUUCACUUUAUCUUCUCCUGAGCAGAUUUUAUUGAGCCGAUUAGACGAAAAAUAAGAAAAAGGUUUGCGGUUCUGUUUAAUCUCCAAGAGGAGAGAGGAGAUCAUUAUCGGGUUCUUUCUGCGCUUAGUGGAUGAACUUCUGAGAGCGCACCGACGUGGAUAAAAGGAUUUGAGGAAAAUGAGGAGAUUCUGCGGAGUCGAGCACCAGCUCGUCUUGCUAUUGGCCGCUGCCAUGGCCACCGCCGGGGAUGCUCUCCACAACCUGGCCAGCGAGAGGAGUUCAAUACAGAGCACCUAUGAGCUCACCAAGUACCUGGAGUAUCAGCUGAAAGAGAUCAAAGACGUAUAUCUGACCUAUCUUGGCCCUCCAUUUAAUGACAAAGACUUCUCCCCUCCGCGGCCCAACAGCACAGCUCUGACACUGCCGAGUGCUGCCACUCGAGUGGACCAGUGGCACCGCCUGGAGAACAAAGCACGACUGGCCCAGAACCAAAAGGCCUACUCUGUCCUUCUAGGAGCUGUCAGGGAGCUGGCCCGCUCAACCCUCUGCCCCUCACUCAAGACCUCCCUCCUGCACUUCUGCAUGGGUCUGGAUGGACUUCUGGGUUCAAUAUCUGCACUGAUGACCGCGCUCGGUGACACAAAUCCUACACAAACUCCAAACAUGAGCGGUAACGCUGGUGAGCUGCAGUAUUUGCAGACAGGGACAGGAGGUGGCCGACCAGCUCCGCUCAUGAGCCAGAACCUGUACAGAUCGAGAGCCGGAUCUAGAUCGGUGUCUGGUCAGCGUAGUGGCCAAAGAAGAAGUGGGGCAAAGUUAGUCAGAGGAGUUAAGGAAGAUGGUGUCACUAAGGAGCUGACAGAAAAAAGAAGAGGAAAAGAGGCAAGGAGAGCAGAGGCAGCCAGAGGAAGGAGUAGCGGAUCGAGGGAGAGGGCAAGGGGAGAAAGACGGAGAAGAGAGAAGAGGGAAGAGCCAGAGAGAGGAAAUUGGGCAGCCAGUGCAAAAAACGCAGCAGGAAAGGAGGAAGAGGAGAGAUGGGUGAGGAGGAGAAGGCUGUUAAGUAUAGCUGAGGAUGGAGAGGAACAGGAGAGGCAGUUCGAACCCGGGUUUGAAGUGUCAUAUGUGGACACAAAAGGCUUGGGAUCUCUUCAACAACAAACAGAAAACCAACAAGGAACCAACGACCAUCAAUACAGCUACAAUCUGAACGCACAUCAUCCAGACACGCUCAGAGCGGAGGAUGGAUUCAUUCUAGAGGGGAGCAGAGGGUCAGAGGAAGAGGAGGACAAGCAAGCAUACGCAGAUGCUACCUCCUCUUCCUCCAGUGGAUAUCUGAAGCAGCGUCGGUCUCCUCGCUCCCUCCUCUCCCCGACUCUCGAACCUCCUCUGUCCACACUCUCCCUCCUCUACCAAUUCGGAGCAGGCAAGGAGCACACCCUCCCCCCCCAGCCUGUCCCUCUAUCUUUACAAAGGGGCACCUCCCUACUCUCGCCUCCCUUGAAUCCGCUCUUCACCUCCUCCUACACCUCCGCCUCCUCUUCCUCCCCCUCAUCUUCCCUGCUGCCGGCACGGACGACAAUGAACGACUUUACCAGGAAGGUGGAGGGUUUCUGGAUACUGCGAGAGCUUCAGAGCUGGCUGUGGCGAUCGGCGAAGGACUUUAACUGCCUCAAGAAGAAGCUCCGAGGCUGAGGCACUGAUAAGACUUACACGCACGCUCACAAACACACACAGACACACAAAAGUGCAGUAUAUCGGGAAUUAUUUGCACAAAAUCUGAGUGGAAUCAAACCGACGGAUUUAACAGACAAAAGCACAUAAACACAUGCAUUCAUACCGUACUGGAAUAAGUGAAUGAAGGACUGUUUGGCAGGUCACCAGAAGUGCUAAUGGAAUAUAAGACACACAAAGCCAACACAUUACCAGCACUGUCACCCGCCUAAUGCACAUAGCUGCUCAUUGAGUGAGACACACUGAGGCUGGGCUGAGUUACCGGACUUCACGGCUCAUAGAUCAACAGAAAUACCACUGUAGGUGGUUAGACACACACAUGCAGACGAGGGCAGACUGAGUGACAGGCGGUGAGACAGACAGUGCCUCCAUUGAGUGAAAACUGAUUCAGUGACCCCCAGAUGUGUGAAUCAGCAAACAUUCAUUUUCUCUAAAGGAAGAAGGGAAAAAUUCUGAAUGGGCAAAAGACAAAAGGGGAGGAAAAAUGGCCGGAGGGAUGAUGGGGGCGCAGAGGAGGAGAGAAAGAGGCAGAAAAGGAGAGGAAGCUGAGUCAGUGGGAUGACUCUGGAAAUAACCAGCAGAGCGGUACUGCUGCGUAAUCACAAGUCAACUGGUCAGUUACAGUAACCCUACAAGAGCGCUACACAUACUGCCCGGACACAUACGCACACACACACGCUAUGUAUUGUGGUGUUUCCUGCCUUAACACACCAUUCACUUUUAUCCCGUCAAUUCAGCUCUUCACAUAUUUCACUUCACAGCAAGAGAUGUUAAUAACAUUUGAGACAAAGCAAAGAAAUACUUCCACACUACACUGCAGUGGAAAAUAUACUGUGUUGCUUCCUUACAGGAAGCUUGAUGAGAACAUCUAAACCACUGUCAGAUUUGUACAAUAAUAUGAUUCUAGAGCCAGCCUUCAGUCAGCUUUCUUAAGCAUAAAAACAGGGUAAAGAAAUCUACUAACCUGCAACUCUAAGGCUCACAUUUGAAUACACAUUUUUAAUGUCUAUUUUUUUAAGCCCAGGUAAAUAUGUAAAAUCACCAAGUUGCAAACCAGCAAAGCCUACACGUGGUCUCAAAGUCUUGAAUAAAAUGUUGCAUAACUUCAGCAUCCAUGUAAUGCCACAAAUUGUAAUUUGUAUAUGUAUUUUAUAUCAAACGAGACUUAAUUUAGUGUCAACAUUUUGUCCCUGUUCUCAACUUUCAUUUAUGCUUCUAAUGUCUUGUCCCAUAGCUAUAGCAACUGAUUGUGCUUUCUCAAACGCAAACAGAAAAAGACUUAAAAGUGGACCCAUUAUGCUUGUCUUUAUUUUAUUUUAUUUAUUUUCAUACAUGGAUGUCUGUGCAAAAGUCUUGCACCACCCCUUACUUCUUUAUAUUUUGCUUCCAAGAACGCAGCUUUUGUGAUUUUUAUAGUGGUCUCAAGCUUCCUGGCUUUUUAAAGGUCUUUCAGAUUUUUCCUUUGCACAUUGGAGGAAGCUGAAGAAGUGGAGGAUAAAAAAGAAGUGGUGGAAAGGCUAAAAACUAGAAGAUAAACAGUCAUGCCCUUAAGAAAUAGAUGAAAUGAAGCAAAGACCCAACACAGGACCUGAGGGCUGCAUCUAAAAAAAACACAACGUGAAACACUAUCAUGGAUUGGCCUCCUCAGAGUCUGGACCUCAACAUUACUGAAGCA